GACAGUGAAAUAGAUAAAAUUUUGGAUUUAUUUUUAUGUAUUUGUGCGACUUUACUCUUUAAAUUUAAUCGGAAACAGUGUUCUAAUAUAUUGACUUGGUGUGGCGAGUCAUCUCUGUUUCUAAACAAGUGUAUAUUAUUACAAAACAAUGGCUGGAGACGAAGACGAUAGUACAUGGCUGAUUGAACUAGAAUCAGCUUUACUUGAUGGGUGCUCUGCUCAAGAAAUAAAUCUUUUGACGAAAGGGAAGAAAAUACCAGAAAGUCUCCGUCCAGAUGUAUGGUUAUUAUGUCUACGCUGCCAUGAUGCUGGCAACCAACUUAUUAUGUUUGAUGAAAUAUUUGACCUUCCCAACCAAAGUGAGCUCCGUGAUCAAGUAAGGAAGUUUGUCAAAAAACUUGGCAAUGAUGAAGAUGACAAACUUGCAGUAGCAUCAGACCUUGAGUCCAUUAUGACAUUCUACUGUAAAUCUAAGUCAGUACGUUAUAGUGCUGACAAUGGCUGGAUAGAAAUUUUGCUGCCGUUAUUGAGUUUAAAGCUUCCAAGAGCUGACACCUAUAAUUUGUUUGAAAAAAUCUUGAAACUGUAUGUUCCAAAGGGAUGUGUUAAAAAUGGUGUACCAUUCCACAUUCUUCGAUUGUUACUUCAGUAUCAUGACCCUGAAUUGUGUUCAUUCCUUGACACCAAAAGAAUUACUCCAGAGCAAUACUGCCUGCCAUGGUUGCAAUCUCUUUUUGCUGGCACUUGCAAUUUAGAUGUGGUCCUUUUUAUGUGGGAUCUAUACUUUCAAAGAUCAGAUCCAUUUUUUAUAUUUUUCCUUUGCUUGAUUAUGAUCAUAAAUGCAAGAGAACAAUUACUGCAAAUGCAAAAUGAAGAUAAAUCUGCUAUAAUCCAGGCAGUUACUGGAAUGCCAGCUGACCUAGAGGCAAAUGACGUAUCUGACUUCUGUUCUUUAGCCAACUACUAUUCCCUUAAAACCCCAGUAUCAUUCAGAGAUGAUGUAUUGGAAUUAUUAUUUUCUGAUUGUGAACUAGAAAUUAACUCUAAAUUAUAUUCACAAGCACUAUGUCUGCCAGUGGCUGUGCAUGAGUUGGUAGAGAGUGCUACGGUUGAUGCUGCACUUGAUGUAGAGAGCAUAAAGUUUUUCCUUGUGGAUUGUCGACCAGCAGAGCAGUACAAUGCUGGCCAUUUGUCAACUGCCUUUCAUCUUGACUGCAACCUCAUGCUGCAGGAACCUAAUGCUUUUAACACAGCAGUGCAAGGAUUACUGAAUGCACAGAGACAGGCCUUAGCAGCCGGAUCCCUGGCUGCUGGCGAACACCUGUGUUUUGUGGGAUCAGGCAGAACAGAAGAAGACAGCUAUGCUCAUAUGGUGGUUGCCUCAUUUCUGAAGAAAAACACGAAACAUGUCUCAAUGCUAGACGGGGGUUUUGUUGCUAUUCAUGAUUAUUUUGGGGCUCACAUGACAGAUUGUUUGGAAGAGCAUAAUCCUCAAGCCUGUUUAGUUUGUGCACCCAGCAAUAAUAACAAUAGCCCCAUGAAUAUGCAAGAGAGAAGUAGAGAAAACAUUCCAUCAGUUCAACUGUUUAGUAAACUUUCAUCUGCCAUGAAAGCUAAAAGUCAAGAAGUGAAAGGAAAAUUAAUUGAUUACAUUGUUAAUCCAACUGCCACACCAGGAAAUGGAGAGUGGCACGUUUCAGCCAAUGACAAAAAAGAUCGUAGAUACAGGAAUGUCCCGCCAGUAUUCAGCAUCAAUGACGAAGAAGACGAAUCCAAGUUGGAACUCCGUAGAGAUGUGACUGAUUCUAAUUCGAAUGAAGAAAUAGUCGAUAUCAAUAAGUUUUUGAAAGAACUGAAUGUGGUCAACAGCUUUCAAUGCCAAGAAGUUUUACUAAAUGGAUACAUGUUGGAUUCCUUUUUAGUAGUAACUGAGACGCACUUAGUUAUAUUACGUGAAAUACCUAACAAACAAGGAGUCGCCAAAGUUAUGGCCCGGCGGCCAUUAUCCACCAUAGUCAAAAUUACAGCAAAGAAGAGGCAUCCUGAACUUAUAACAUUUAAGUAUGGAGUUCCUGAUGGAGACAACUUAUUAAUUAAAGACAUGAACAGGUUUCUUAUUCCAAAUGCAGCAGCAGCAACGAAAUUGGUUUCCAACCAAAUAGUCCAACAGUUGGAUAAUAAAUCGUAAUUUAAACUGACUUGUCCGAAAGCUGAGUAUGUCAAGUAAAUUAUGGACCCAGAAUGUUCUAUGACCAGUAUUAACAUUGCCACCAUAAUAAUAUUCAUUUUUUAAUAACUAGACUACAUAAAUAAUAAAUUCCUAAAAAUGAUCUAUGAUCCUGA